UGAUAAGUUUAUGCUCUACCAAACCCAUCACACACUAGUAUGGACAGAGGAGCUGCUAGGAGUCGGAAGAGAGCACAACAGCUCGUCAAGCCAGUCGAUGAGCGUCGGCAGGACUCAAGCUCAGCUGGACCAUCUCGAGCCCGAGCCCGAGCUGAAUCCAAUUCUGAGGCUGGUCCGAGUAGGGCGAGAGGAGGCGGAGGCUCUCACGCUCAUGGAGGUGGAUCCAAGGGCAAAGAUAGAGAUGCAAGCUCAGAGAAGUCCAGACAUCCGAAGAAGAGCUCGCAGAGAAGGAAUAUAGAUGGACCGGUCGAACAGUCUCGAGAUCCUGCGCUUUAUCGGCCCAAGGCGAUUCGAGAUGCGACGGCAUUGGUGUACAGUCAAGACCCGUUCGCCUUCCCGCCGCCAGAUCUGAGUCAUGUCACUCGAUUAGACCUGGAGGGAAGCGGAGUGACCGAUAUAGAAUGGCUGAAGGGUAGUAGAGUGACCUGGCUGAGCCUCAAGGGCUGUCAAGUGGAACGAGGAUGGGACGCGGUCGGAGCUUUAGGAGGUCUAACAGUGUUGAAUGUGUCGGAUUGCGGGCUUGAGACGUUGCCUCGAGCGCUGGAGGGAUGCUCGAGAUUGAAAGCGUUUGUGGGUAUGAAUAACCCCUGGGAGGUAUUGGAUGAAGAUAUUGUGGGACAUUGGACAGAGCUCAAUUCAAUGAUCAUAUCUCAUUCGCUCAACCUCGUCAAGCUCCCCGCGACUCUUGGCCGACUGUAUCACCUGGCCAAGCUGACCUUCUCGCAUUGUCCCAAAUUGACUUGUGGAGGUAUACCCGACAUGUCGAAUCUCCCUGUGCUACGCGAUGUGAAAAUGAACAAUCUACUUAUGCUCAAUGAUCUUUCGGAUCACUUGGCUCAAUGGGGACGAGGAAGCAUGAGUGUGCUCCAGGAGUCGUCCUCCACCUCCUCCUCCUCGACGACGACGAUGGCAGUCAUUGUCAAUGAUCGACAUGGAGCAGGACUCCAAUCGAUAGAUAUCGGGAAUUGCGCCUUGACAUGGAAGACCAUCUCGUCCAUCUUCCUCUCGUCGUCGUCGAGAUCCACGACUGACGAACCAUCAUUCCCAAACCUUCGAUCAUUGACACUUCAUGGGAACCCAGCAUGUCUGACGGAACCGACGUACCCUGCUCUGCUAUCUUCCGCUCUGCCCCGUCUCCAGAUCGUGGACAAUAAACGGGUCAAAGAAAAGACGGAGAAGAAAGAGAGGGAAACAAAGUUGGAAAAGAAAGAAAGGGAGAGGAAACAAGGCAAGAUGAAGCCCAGUGGAAAUAAUCAAGCGACGUUUGGUCCUAUGCGGAAAUGGGGUCAGCCGGAGGACACGCCGGAAGUGAAGAAUAAGGGCACGGAGAUGGAUGCGGCGACGACCACAGGGGAGAAGAAGCGCAAGACCGCGGUCAAGCCACAGCAUGAGCGAAAUGGACGUCCUGGAUCACUGGUCGAUUCGAACAAGGUCGAGAGUAUGGACAAGAAGCGUAAAGCUAUACCACCUGAUCAUCCUGGUCCAGAGGGUGUUACGUCGUCCGAGCCCAAGGCGAAAAAGCCGCGGAGAAAGGACGAGCCGUCCCAGAUAGCAGAGAUGGAGACCAAAUCCACGACAAAAUCGAAACCGUCCAAGGUAUCAAAGUCCCAAACAUCUGUCGUUGGUGUCGUGGAUGUUGUCGGACCUGCUCAAAACAAGCACAAGCCGUCAUCUUCAUCCAAGGCGACGACCACGGCUGGAAUUGACCUGAAGUCUCUCUUUGACAAGGAUCGUGACGAUAAUGAUGAUGAUGAUAAAGGACUCGGCGUAGGAUCAUGGUAGAUUGGCAGCCACGUUGUACAAAUCUUGACACUGUCAUGCAAACUGAUACAAAGU